GUCCCGCGCUCUGCUGCGAUCUUUCCUCUGCGACGCAGCCAUGUCCCGGUCCUUCUACGUCGACUCCUUGAUUAUCAAGGACGCGGUGCGACCCGGCGCGGCUGCCGAGCAUCCGGCGCAGGACUUUCUGCUCCCCAUCAGCGUGCACUCCCCGAGCGUAAUGACGGUCGCCGCGCCGGUGUGUCCCUCCAGGAAGAACGGCACGUUCUGCGUGUGCCCGCUGUGCGUCACGUCGCACCUCCAGUCCUCGCGCGGUGGCAUCCCGAUCCUGAAGAGCCAGUUUCCAGGUGUGGAGGCGCAGUUCUGUCAACGGAUAGCGCAGCAGCAGCAGUCUUCUGCGCUGGCGCAUCCUGGACACGCGUCUGUCUGCACGCCCACCUUCGGCGUCACGGAUCCCAGGAGAUACCACUGCCUUUCUAUUGGAAGCUCCUCGGAGAACAGCCACAUACAGAACGGCAAAAGGAUGCGGACGGCUUUCACCAGCACGCAACUCCUGGAACUCGAGCGGGAGUUCUCUACGAACAUGUACCUGUCCAGACUCAGGCGCAUCGAGAUCGCCACGUAUCUGAACUUGACGGAGAAGCAGGUGAAGAUCUGGUUUCAGAAUCGCCGGGUGAAGCACAAGAAGGAAGGGAAAGCCACGCAGAGGAGCGCGCAGGGCGGCUGCAAGUGUGCCGGCGCUCACACGAACUAUUCCAGGUCGGAGGACGAGGAGUCCUUGUCCCCGGUCUCCGCCUCGGAGGAGAAGGAGGUGUCGCCGAUUUGAGAGGCGCUCAAAGUCCCCCCAAAAGUCCCGUCCCGUUCGCCGGCGCUCGCUCUGUCCACCGCCGCACGCCGCAGCUGGGCAUCACCAAAAAACGCAGCUGAGGCUCAUUUCCCGCAUGAAGUUUGUUCAACUGAAGUAAGAAACGAUGCGAAUUUAUGUCAGUGAAAGAUUAAAAGCCCAAACAAUUGUCAUCUUUUUUUAUUUUAAGUUUUUAUGUUUACAUGUUUGGUUCCCGUUGUUAAUUCACCUAAAUAAUAAUAAUAAUUAAAAAAUGUGAACGUUCUGUCAGUGCAGCUAUUCGAUCGGAGAACCUCAAAACCCCCUUAAUAAAUAUUCCAGGUCUGAAGUAGACCUGCGGCCUGCGGCCAUGUGUAAACAGUGUGUAUAAAUGUGUAUUUAUUGUAAUAAACACUCAGUUGACCUGUGAGAACCUGUCAGUGUGUUGGCUUCUCAUCGCGCGUCUCCAAACUUCCGCUGCCUUUUAUUUUCCUCUACCCGGUUUUCAGGUGCGCAAUCCAUCACUUUUGGACGUAAGCCGUUUUCAGGCUCGUCGCUCCGGGUCCACUCUGACUUGAUCGGGGAGUUACAAUCU